UGUUUCUGGCAAAUUAGCUUCAUUUUUUCAUUUAGUUGCAUGCGGAAACAAUUCUUAUAGUGUGCAGAUUAUUUAUGUAUACCAAUUAGUUUCAUUUUAUUCUUUAUAUAUGGUAUAUCCUAUGCGCCAAUCUCCGUUAAUUUACACAUUCACGUUAUAAAGGAUUUAAAAAGAAUAACAUCUUAAUCGUUCAUGUUUAUAUAGAUUCAUACUAUAAAUUAUUUUAUUAGUUCUAUGGACAAUACAAAUGAUAUUCUCGCCAAGAUUAUCAGCCGAUUAAAUGAAAUUGAUAUGAAACUCUCUUUGAUCAUGGAGAUGUUCACUAGAGGGUCUAUAAUUAGAAAUAAUGAUGUAGCGUCGCUGAAUGUUCCGUUGGCAUAUGUUAAUAAACAAGAAUCGGACCAUUCUUCACAUUCCCUUUCCGGCAAUCAUCAGCUUGUCUCAAAUAUCAUGACAGCGGCACAUUUUGCUGCAUUGUUGCAAAACGCUACCUCAAAUCAGCACAAGUCCUCGCAUAAACGUGUUACUUUACCAAUGGCAUCAUCAUCAACAGGUUCAGUAGCGCAAUCAGAAGCAUCUGCAACUACCACAGCUACUAAUUAUCUCAAUUCUCUUAUGAAUGAUAUGAUUGACCAGUCACUUAAUUCAAGUGUUAUACCUUCUUUGAAUAAUCUUCUUGGUCCGUCACAUCUGCAUGACCCCGCCGUGAAGACUGAAAACGGUGAAUUUUGCAGUUUAAAAGUAGAAGCAUCUGAUGAGACGGAUGAAGCUCUUCUGCGAGUUGAAAUGAAGCAAAAUUUAGCGAGUUUAGAGUCUGUUGAACGGCAAGCUGGUAAUCGACGAACUGGAGGCACACCACCUUCAUUCACAGGAUGCGGAGGAGACCUAUCGAAUAUCUGUUCUCCUUCACACUCAAUUACUUCAAUAAUCGCUAAGCCUGAUAAUCCGAAUCAGCUUCCAUCAAACGCUUGUGGUGCAUCAGACUUUGAUAAAACUGAUUCAAAACUAAAUUGCUAUCAUCAACGUGUUAUCAACAAUCAUACACAGCAUGAAUACUGCAGCGAUAUAUCUACGGAAAAUAAACGAGAAUUACAAAGAUGUCGCAAAUCACCUAAUAAAUUGCAUUCCAAAUUGAAAGCCAAUUUUUCUUGGUAUCGUACCAAUAAGAGUUCAUUUUCUUCUAAUGCAGCAUCUUCAAGGAGUGAUACGAUGUUUCCUGAUGGGGCAGUUCAGAGAGCUGCAGAAAAGGCAUCACGUAGCUUCCAAAGUACACAACCGAAAGUCUUUGCGUGGCAAAUACUUCGUGAGUCAAUAAACGACAAUGAGUUAAAGAAUAUCAACAUAUCUUUACGAACAUUUCACGGCGAAACAGCAGCGAACUUAUUAAGUUAGAGUAGUUGUUGAACAA